AUGAAGUUUGCGUACAAGGAGGAGAACACUUUCGAAGCCAGACUUCAGGAAGGAGAAAAAAUAUGCAAGAAAUACCCCAAAUGUGUCCCGGUAAUUGUGGAGAAGUUUCCUCGGGCUAAUGUUUCUAAUCUCGAUAAGAACAAGUAUAUCGUUCCUGGUGAUAUUACUGUCGGCCAGUUUUACUUCCUCAUCCGCAGACGGAUUCAGCUGAAGCCUGAGAAGGCUCUGUUUUUCUUCGUGAGCAACACAAUUCCACCAACUAGCGCAAACAUGGGUGCUCUCUAUGAGGUGUGCUGUCUUCGCGUGCAUCGGGACCUGGACAAAUUCUUGUACAUUGCUUACAGCGAUGAAAGUGUGUACGGCUGA